AUGGAAUACCACUUCUAUCACACUCAUACUAAAGGUCCUUGUCUAAAAACCCCAGGGAACUUUAGACCUAUAUCCUGCUGUCAUCUACUUUAUAAGUGUGUUACUAAGUUGAUUUGUUCUAAACUUAGAAGGGUGCUGAACUCCAUUAUUAUAAGUUCUAAUCAUGAGGCCUUUGUUGUUGGUAGAAGUAUAUCUCACAACACUAUGCUUUGUCAAGAUAGAAAAGGUUGUUCACCUAGCUGCUUGAUUAAGGUUGAUGUGAGGAAAACCUAUGAUAAAGUGGACUGGCUCUUUAUUAAAGACAUGUUAGUUACUCUCAACUUUCCCUCUCAUUUCAUUAAGAUUGUCAUGGCUUGUAUAUCUUAUACUCAAUACUCACUUUCGGUUAAUGGGAGCCAAUCUGCGGUUUUUAGAGCAAAUAAAGGUCUUCGAUAG